GUUAAGUGGUUCGCCAGGGUAUCCCUUAGUCUGUCAGUGAAAACAGUAGCGCGAAGCACGCGUACCAGCACGGUUCGCACGUUUACUCCAGUGUCGUGGUAUUACGCGUUUUUCACGAGAAACACGACGAUUCGAAGGGGUCACACGGAGUGCAUCCGUUCGACCGGUCUGUGCGUUUUUCGAACACGUUCGACUUUCUCGAUACGUUUCACCGUGAUCGUCGAGUGAACGACGCGAUACAAAUUGGGGGACCUGGACUCUCUGCAACAGUACAAACAUACGUCUUGCUCAGGCUUGGCAAUUGUCCCUUGCGAAUUAUUCAAAAUACAUCGGUGAAACUAUCGAAAGGUUCGGAGCCAUGACUACCGUCAGGCAAAUCCUCCGUUAUGCACGGAGACUGGGUCAGGCGUCGGAGUGCUCGUCGAAGGCUUUAAACCGGUCCGUGAGAUGCGCCUCCACUCAGCUGCAGCCCAAGAUCAUCGAGGAUGUAAAUGGGAAACGAAUCUUUGCCUCGCCGUGCGAGUUCACGCCCUCGGAGAUGUUCAUUCACGAAUACGUGUGGAAGAACGUUGAUAUUUACGAGAACCACACUGCCUUGAUAUGCGCCGCGACCGGAAAGACGUACACGUACAGCGAGGCGAGGGACACUGCUAAUUAUAUCGCGAGAAGUUUACUGAACAUGGAUCUGAGAAAGGGCGACGUGGUGGCCCUGAUCGCGCCAAAUUACCCGGAAUCUAUUUUAGCCUUUCUCGGCAUCUUGGAGGCCGAUCUGAUCGUUACCACUGUCAAUCCGUUCUACACGCCCGACGAAAUCAAAAAGCAACUGCAGUCUUCCGGGGCAAAGGCGAUCGUCACGGUCGCAGAGAUCUCCAAACACGUUCUUACUGUUUCGAAAGCCACUCUUCCAGCUGGUGCACCCGUCGUUGUUAUCGAGGAUGGCACUGGACCCGUCCCGGAAGGCACCGUGCCAUUUAAGGAUCUAGUUGAUCGGGGCAAAACGUUACCUCCUUUAAAGCACACGCAUACGUCUGUGAACGAUAUGGCGGUCCUUCCAUAUUCGAGCGGAACGACAGGUUUGCCGAAAGGUGUUAUGUUGACGCACAAAAAUUUGGUCUCCAACAUGGAGAUGACAGACAAAACUGCAAGCGGAACGAUGUUCCGGUACGCGACAAGUGACUUCCAAGAAGUAGUGCCUCUAGUUUUACCAUUCUUCCACAUUUUCGGUAUGAACAGCGUGGUUCUGCCGCGCCUGGCCUCCGGAUCGCAACUAAUCAGUGUUCCCAAAUUCGUACCGGAGCAGUUUAUCCACAUUCUAGCAAAAUACAAGGUGACUGGUCUGUGCGUGGUACCCCCGUUAGUUUUGUUCCUUAACGCCACGCCGCACGUGAAGAAGGACUUCUUCAAGAACAUGCACCACGUUAUCAUAGGGGCGGCGCCAUUGGCGGAAGCGGACGUCGAGAGAUUCUACGACAAGUUCCAAAUGGACUCCGACAAACUGAAAUUCUGUCAAGGGUACGGAUUGACGGAGACCUCCCCCGCCGUUUGCAUGGAAGUGACCGGUAAAAAGAUGGGCAGCGUCGGGAAAAACGUGAUCGGUUGCGAUCUACGACUGGUCGAUCCGAUCACCAACGAGGACGUCACUGUUUCUGGACAGACCGGCGAGAUCUGGGUCAGGGGGCCCCACGUUAUGAGGGGUUACUUCAACAACGAGGCCGCCACGAACGAGAUGAUCGUCGAGGGUGGCUGGCUGAAAACCGGGGACAUCGCUUACUGCGACGAUGACUUGGAUUUCUUUGUCACGGACAGACUGAAAGAGUUGAUCAAAGUCAAGGGAUUCCAGGUACCACCAGCGGAGCUGGAAGCCAUCUUGAGAACGCAUCCGGACGUGGUGGAAGCAGCUGUGGUUGGUAUUCCGGACGAGAGAUGCGGCGAAGUACCGAAAGCUUACAUAUUGGCCAAAAAAGGUUCCACAUCGACCGAAGAGAACAUUAAGAAUUUCAUGAAAGGGAAAGUUUCGGACUACAAAGAACUCCAAGGUGGUGUCACGUUCGUGAAUGAUAUACCAAAGAACGCCAGCGGGAAAAUUCUGCGAGCGCAGCUGAAAAGCCAAUACAAAUAAUGAAUGAACACCGAACGAAGGAAUCCAAUGCCAGACCACGAUUAACAGUUCACACAUUAUGGGAUCGGCUACUGUUAAAAGUGAUAAGACUAUGCACGCGGUCACACCGUAUUGGCGAUCGAUCGAUGUAAUAAAAAAUACGUGACUGUUGUUUACGCAACACGGAAGGGGAAGUGCUAAUAUUUUUAAUCGACAAACUGUUGAUACGCGAUCGAUCAUUUUCAUGGACGGUUUCCCCCGAUGAUCGUACGUUAUAGACACUGUUCACGUCGAUGGAGAUUUUCGCGACUCGUUUGGAGAUACUCUGACCGGAAACGACUGUAAAAAAAGAAAAAAAAAAAACACACGCGAAACGUAAAAUGUACUUACAACUUAGCUACGCGCGAACCUGAUCACGAACGGGUUUCGCAGUCGGUGGUAUACUUUUUAAUAUUAUAUUUUAUAUGUUUACUGAUGCUAUCUCUGACAAUGUAAUUAGUUCGUAAGAUUCAGAAAUUGACGAAUUUCUCGUUGAAACAGUUGUAACGUACUGGAUAUAUCAAUGUUAUGCAAUUUUUUAUAGGCUAUUUCUACCGUACAGUACCAGAUGUUUGAGACAAUAAAAUUUUUAACAAC